UAACCAGGACAAUAUUAAAUGAUGAUAGGGGAAGCCUCAGGGUUAAUGUGAACUCUGUUUCCAUAGUCUAUCUGCAAGCAUGAAAAUGGAAGAGUUUGGGGCAAAGAAGAAUGAGAAUCAAGCUUUGGAAACGGAUUUUGCAGAGAGACCAAUGUGGCUAAUGAAAAGCCCUUCUCUCAUCGCUUCUGCUCUCCAAUCUCUUCCUUCUAUGGACGAUCCAUACCUUCCUGUCGCCAAAGUCAUCCUCUCUGUUGAUCCUCUCGCUGCCGUGGACGAAGAAACCAAAUUUGUAAUGGAAUUAGCUAGGGCUGGAUCUGGAAACAUUCCAAAACGUUUUGGCUUGGAUAUGUCUAAGGAUUUCAUUCCCUUGGCUGUUUUCUCUGAGUCUUCCUCACAAGGGAAAACGUCAGUAGAAGGGAAGAUUAAAAACAAAUUCCACAUGAGUCCUCGUACUGAAAACAUGGAGAGCUAUGGCAAGCUUUGCCGUGAAAGGGCAACCAAGUCUAUGUGCAAAAACAAACAGAUCCAGGUCAUUGAUAACGCCACCGGAAUGUAUAUGUGGCCAACACCGGGAACUGUAGCCCCCACGGGAACUUUUGAAAAGAAGAAAGUGACAACCAAGACAACGGAAAUGAAGAGAACAAGAAGGGACCGAAGAGAGAUGGAGGAGGUCAUGUUUAAUCUCUUUGAAAGACAAUCUCAUUGGACUCUGAGGAACCUCAUUCAAGAUACCGACCAACCAGAGCAAUUCCUGAAAGACUUGCUUAGAGAUCUUUGCAUUUACAACAACAAAGGGAGUAACCAAGGAACUUAUGAACUGAAGCCUGAGUACAAGAGAGCCACACAAGAAUAAGUAUAUGGUCAAGAGGGUUUGUCCAGGUUUUGGAUGUGGUUAACUGAAUAAAAUUUAAUUCCAAGUAAAGGGACAAACCUGAUGACUUUCUAAAAUAUUUCUCAUAAAUUUGAUUUCAACUUCCACAAAAUUAGUAAGUGAAAGUAGUGUCCUUUUAAGAACCAAAACAUUUGAUAUAUCAAAAUGGUUGGAGUCAAUAGUAAAAUAAUGAGUGAGUUACUUGGAAAUCUUUAGUUGAUUUGGUCGGCUGUAUUAUAUUCGUGAA